GAUGCCGUUCAAGCUGUGGACCUUCUGAUUGAAGCUUGAGGCCAAGUCACUUGGAGAUCAGACCAAGUAGCGGAUAUGGACUGGGAAGUGCGAGCGAUGUCGCUGAUUCUCUGCUUGGGAAUUCUACUUGCGACGAUAGAAAAUGGAAUCGCCGAACGUAAAAUUGUCUGUUACUACACAAACUGGUCGGUGUACCGGCCUGGUACAGCAAAGUUCUCGCCUCAAAACAUAAAUCCGUAUCUUUGCACUCAUCUGAUUUACGCGUUUGGAGGUUUCACGAAGGAGAACGCGCUAAAACCGUUUGACAAGUAUCAAGACAUCGAGAAAGGUGGAUACGCAAAGUUUACGGGUCUAAAGACUUAUAAUAAGAAUUUGAAGACGAUGCUGGCAAUCGGCGGCUGGAACGAGGGCUCCAGCAGAUUUUCACCGAUGGUAGCCGAUCCCGCAAGACGACGAGAAUUCGUCAAGAACGCUAUCAGAUUCCUUAGGCAGAACCAUUUUGACGGUCUCGAUCUCGACUGGGAAUAUCCAGCUUUUCGAGACGGUGGGAAACCACGAGAUAAGGACAAUUAUGCCAAUCUGGUGCAGGAACUUGGCGAGGAAUUUGAGAGAGAGUCCUCGAAAACCGGAAGACCGAGGCUGCUGCUGUCCAUGGCGAUGCCCGCUGGUAUCGAGUACAUAGACAAGGGUUACGACGUAGUUAGAUUAAACGAAUAUCUGGACUUUAUAAAUUUGCUCUCGUACGAUUAUCAUUCGGCGUACGAGCCCGCCGUAAAUCAUCACUCACCGUUGUAUCCUCUGGAGGAGGACAACGAAUACAAUUACGACGCAGAGUUGACUAUUGAUUACACGAUCAAUCAUCUUCUGGAGAAAGGUGCGUCCGCGAACAAAAUUGUUCUUGGAAUACCGACAUACGGUCGGUCGUACACGUUAUUCAAUAAAGACGCGACCGACCUCGGAUCACCAGCUGAUGGUCCAGGCGUCGAGGGAGAGGCCACUCGAGAGAAAGGCUACCUCGCCUAUUACGAGAUUUGCGAAAGCAUAGCAGAAUCCGACGAGUGGGAGGUCGUUGAGCCAAAUCCCAAAGCCAUGGGACCAUACGCUUUCAAAGGCGAUCAGUGGGUAGGCUACGACGACGAGGGCAUAGUUCGACUGAAAGCUCGAUACGUCAACGAGAAGAGACUGGGUGGCAUCAUGUUCUGGUCGUUAGACAAUGACGAUUUCCGUGGUAAAUGCCACAAUCGUCCGUAUCCUUUGAUCGAGGCAGCCAAGGAAGCGUUACUCACGGAUAACAGAAGUACGAUCGACAAGACAAAAUCAACGGACGGCCGAAAGAAGAGUCGUACGCAAGGCACUGCGGGCAACGCCGUUACUCGCAAGUUAAGCACAAACGGUCGAAGAGGUAGUACCACAUCGGCUCCGAUCACCAGCAAACGCGUGUCCUCUUACGCGAGACCAAAGUACCGUACCAUUUCGAGAUCGAGCAACGAGGAACAAGAAGAUCGGGAAGUAUCGAGGAGAUCGUACGAUCCGUCCUCGAACGAGGACACACAAGGCGGAAACACAGUCAGAGUCACGCAGAAGAUUGAGCGACCAAAGAAUCGGAAUAGGAGCAAAACGCGAAGCAGCUCUGCCGAUCGUAAUUCUCGUAGGAAACAAUCUAGACGUAAGGGACAAAGUAAGGCUGAUGGGAACGAAGAGUCUUUGAGCAAUAAAUUAACGACGCCCGAACCACCGACUACACCUGAUCCGGGAACCGACUUCAAAUGUGAGGACGAAGGUUUCUUCCCGCAUCCUCGAGAUUGCAAGAAAUAUUUUUGGUGUCUCGACAGUGGUCCAGGAGGACUUGGUGUGGUCGCUCAUCAGUUCACCUGUCCCUCAGGUUUGGUAUUCAACAAGGCAGCGGACUCGUGCGAUUACCCGCGCAACGUGAUUUGUCCCAAGACCUCAAGGACAUCGGUGGUCUCAACCACUAGGUCGCCCAUCACUGCUGCGACCAGCCGAACCACUUAUCUGCACAGCACCACCACCGCGAAAGCGGAAUCGAUAGAGGAGGAUUCAGAGGAGGAGGAGGAGGAGGAGGAGGAGGAGGAUUACGACGAGCAUGAGAUCGAGGAGACCGAGGAAGAGGAAGUGAGGGAGGAACCGACAGUUAUCACAACAACAAAACCACUCGUGUAUAAGACCCUUACCAGAAAUAGAUUAAAUACAGUUACAACCGCAACAUCAACCACGUUGAAACCGAGUGAAUCGGAAAGAACUAGCGAUGGCGAGGACGAGGAAGACCCGAGAGUCAUCAAGGAAUUGAUCGAUCUCAUCAAAAAAGCUGGUGGAAUAGAGCAGCUCGAGAAGCAAUUGCUAUUUCAAGAGAAGAAUUCCGACGCAACAUCGGAUAGCAAAAAUGUCACUCCGGCUGCUAUCAGUCGUAGUCUGUACGAGCGUGUGUUGAACCGUCAAACAAACAGGGUCGGUAGUCAGCGGCCGAUACUGUCAUCCUCGGAAACCAGUUACGUCAACGGACCGGGGAGAGCGCAAUUCGAGGGCUUGGACGAUAUCCCUGAAGUGAAAAGUCUCAGACGAUCGCAGAAGCCACAAUACGUUACUAUUGAAAGAGCCAAAUCAGCGGCAAAAGAACCUCCGUCAGAGGACGAAAACGAGGAGAAUAAUGAUAAUACCGACGUAACUUCCUACGAAGAGGAAAGCAAUCCAUUGGAAAGUAACUCGUCCACGCAACGGGUGACGCCAAAUUACGUGAACAUUCGGCGAACGCGACUUUCCACGACGACAUCCAGAAAUGAGAACGAUGUGGGAGGUAAAGAAGCGGAAACUGAGGAGGAGAGAUCAAAUCGUAGACGACGACCUUUCCUUCAUUCGAAACAACAAGAUAACGAGUCCGAAACGUUCAACAAACGAAAUCGUGGCUCGAAUUUUAGGAGUUCAGAUAAAAGAGCUAGUUUGGAAGGUCAAGUCGCGGAUCAAUCGGCAGAAAAAGAUGAUGAUUCGCUAACAACGAAACCUAGAUACAUCAGCAUACAAAGAUUCCGAAGUACCACCUCAAAGACAUCCGAGGAUUCGCUUAGUGUCGUGCCUUUAUCGCAACUGACGAGCGAAAUCACUUUACCAUCCAAGGCGGAAGAAUAUCCAGAAGCGUCCGGUGCUAAUUCAACCACUUUAUCAUCCACGUUGCCCACGUCAAUUACCUCGACCUCCACCGAGAUCAUCACCGUAAUCAGCGUUGAACCGCCGGAAAACUCAUUUAAUGUUAGCCCUAAGGUAGACACCAUUGAUUCCACCACGGACUCGAUGAAACUGGUGCAAGACUCGGCGACGGAGAUCCUAUUGACGACGGUACCAGCAACGAGCCAGGCGGCGACUACGACUUUGAGCAGAUCAACGAUCGCUGCCGCGGUGUCGCAACCGCGGCCAUUCGGUUUCACUCGACGAAGAUCCAGCUCAUCAGAAGCGACGACCCCGUCGAGUAGGUCCAAGGUUGCCAAUUCGGAAGCUAUCCGAGCUAGGCUGCCGACCCUGAGGGAGCUGAUCGGCUAUACCACGUUGUCGUCCGUGUUCUUGCAUUCGCUGCGAAACGACGUGGAUAACGACAUUAACCGAGGAGACGUCGAUGAGUCAAUCAGAGAGAUCAGAAACGACGGGUCGCGUGACGCUGACAAUGAGACAGAUCUUACUCGAUCACCGAGAAAUCGAACCGAAGAAAUGGAAGACGAUUCGUGGCUGCGACAAGCCUCAGAGAGCAAAGCGAUAUCUCCAAACGGGGAAGAUGUUACUCUCGAGGAACGAACUUUAGUCACGACCGCUAUUCAGGAGAACGGAGAUGGACGAGAGAAAUCUUCCACUCGGACCUAUCCGAAGCCGACAACGAUGCGCGGCAUACCUCUCGCCAAGCUAACUCCUAGUUCCCAGGGGACGAUGCGUGGGUUUUACGUUACCAGAAGCGGGAACGAUUUACCGACUAUGCCAAUGCCGGCAAACGACUUUACGAUAUGUAACGACCCCCCCCAUGUUACGACGUAUCGUUCCACUGAACGGCAACAGACGGAAACCACCUUGAUUCCCGACAUUUCUACAACCGACGAUAUUGUCACCGUCGCGAGCGAAAGCGGUCAGCACGAAGCGGUACGAUCCGGUAUGCCUAAUAACCACGCGAAUUCUAUUGUCAACGACAAAGUCAUCGAUAAUCUCAAAGAGGAUUCUCCGAGUCCAUCGGAACUACCUUUAGAAGAUUCGGACAGUGCUGAGAAUCUGUCGGAUUACAGGGAAAUUGAUAUCGUUACAACUUUAGCCAGAUCUGCAUCCAAAAGGGGAAAAUCACUAAAUAAUUUUGAUGACGACGCGGCACUUUCUCAUAAUGCUCACGUCAUUUCGACGUCGACGACGCCAACGAGGCGAAAGAUCGCCUUGGUCGUGAGCAGAUACAACGAGGCCACCACUCCGUUGUGGACGGGAAAACGUAUAGUGAUCAGGAAACGAAACAGAAACACCCUCUCGUCGAUCAAGGAGGCCAUAAGACGAACCAAGAGUGAUUUUGCUCAGACCACAGCGAGUGUCCUUAAAAACGCUUUUGGAACUUUUGCGACCUCGUCGACGUCGACAACGCCUGCAAUUGGGUCAGAAUCCAUGGCAGAGGCUUCCGAAGCUUUGAACACGCACAGAAAUUUUGCCAAUUUCACCGACAAGGCGGCCGAGGACUCGGAAAAGCGUACAGCUACGGAAGCGACGAUUGACGCUACGGCUGUCAUCAUUUCAACGCCCAUGGAUGAUUCUACAAUCAUAACGAUGCCGUCUACAAUUAUGACUACGUCAUUGAUUGCAGCCGCGAAAGCUUCCGCGGCUACGACCGAUGGCGUAAUCACGACUACACCAUCGGCAACCACAAGAAUUGAAACUGUUCCCGAGAUUGCAAAUUACUCUGCAAUUACUGUCCCAAUAAUCGCGGAGUUAAACUCGAACGAGUUUGCUACUGUGACUACACCCAUAGCUGCACAGGAUACAGAGCUCGAUGGCGUUUCCACGAUUGCAAAUUAUAAAAUAAUUACCAUGAAUUCAAUGACCGUAAACCCGCAUAAAUUUACGACUGACUCUGCACACGGAAGUACACUCGAAACCACGAGCGCGGCAGUCGAAACUGCUUACACGACUGCAAAUUAUUCCACUCUCGCUAUUCCAGCGAUUACAAACGCACACGCAGCUACGACAAUUCCCGCUGUUCAGACUUUACCGUUAACACCAACUGUUACCUCUACUACGAAUUUGCGCAUAAACACAAUUGCACCUGCGACAACGCAUGAUAUCGUGGAUAUAAAUACAGAUAUAACAAGAAGCACGAUUACGCCUGCUACUGUAAUUAAUCCAACGACUAUUGAUACGAACGUAACUGUAACGUUUGCGUCUGCGAAUGCAAACCUUUCUCUCGCGGUUACUUCCGCAAUGGCGGACACAACGGUGCCUGACGUUAAUUCCACAUCGUCCGUUAGCACAGGCGCGACUUUGGCGAGUUUAACUGUUCCCGAUCAAGUGUCAUCGACCGAGUCUUCCACGAUAUCUUCGAUAACGCCUGACCUUUCGUUUCACAUUGACGGCAAAGAUCUCGAGAAAUUAUCCGUGCCCGCAACUGCAGAGUCUAUAGCCACUACUGAAUUUAGCACGAUGUUUGAAACCUCUCCGACACUCACAAUUUCGCAGUCUCUUUCGACCAUCAAUCCUGAAACAUCGACAACGGUAACAAUGGUAACGACCGCAUUUCCGAUUCAAACGGACGAUAGUCUCGUCGUGACAUCGACGGAAGCUCAAACUUUACCAAUUUUCUUUUCAAACGCAAAAAUUGCGACUGUUGACGCAACGACCCGUCGCUCAUCGAUUGCGACAGAUGCGACAACUCCAUCAAUCACAAGUAGGCUAGAUUCUGUACAAACGACAGAUAAAGAAGCAAUCUUGUCGGAGAUGAGCAUAGAGAGAGCUUUGAAGGAGGAUGUCAUCGCAACACUCGAUCAAACGGUGAAUCGAACAAACAUUAACGAAAGAAAUUCUUUGCAAACGGCAAACGAAGAGAGAACGACGUUGCCAGAAACGAAGGCAACUUCUGAUGAAUCUGCUUCGAAAAACGUAGAAAAUCGAGGAGGAAACCAAACGGCCUCGCAGCUCCGUACGAAUGAUCACGUGCUUGGCCAAAAAAAGGCUUCUAGGCGUCGCGUCUUAAAUCGCACGAACAAUUGGAUAGGAAGUCCCGUGACACAACACUCGACCCGUGACAAUCACUAUCCUCGACGUCGAGUCACGAUUUAUCGCCAUCGUGGAAGGCCUUCCGACUAUAUCUCGUCUUCGAGGGUAAUUGAAGAGAAUCUUGGAAGGAGAAACAUGCAGAAGAGACUCAGAAUAAAUUCCAAAGCGAUUAGUAGCACUGUCAGACCUGAGAACAUUUCCGAAGAAUAUACCGUCCACAAGUCAACGAAAAACGUGACGAGGAGAAUGAAAGUCGUAUUGAAGAGAAUCAAGGAGAAGAUGACGGAAGAAAAUGCCACUAUUUCACCUGUAGAAGAAACAACGGCAUUUGUUCGAUCGUCCGCUUAUACCGAGAAUAAAACGCUUCAAGCGCGUCGUAAGAAUGUUGGGAGAAGACGACAAGUUGUACUAAAAAGAUUAAAACCACCUCAGUCUGGAGAAAACUCUACAACCGGAGAGAUUGGUGCCGAUUCGGAUUUCGUGGAUGAAAAUCUUUCAAAUAAAUCUCAGAGUAAUCUUCGAGCAGGCGAGGCUUUUGUUACCGAAGGAAAAAAUACGAGAAGAAGAAUGAGACUUGUAUUAAAGAGCAUUAGACCAAAAUCCGAGGAAAAGAACACGACUGAACAAACAAGCGCAGAUUCCGAUCGAGCUGAUAAAAGUUUUCGAAACAUCAAUCGGACGAAUAAUUUUUACGCAAGUGAUAAUCUAUCCCCGCAAGAAGGUGACGCGAGGAAAAGAAUGAGAGUUGUAUCGAAGAGUGUCGGACGUAAAUCUAAGGAAAGAAACGUCACGAUAGAAGAAGCAAAUACGAAUUUCAGAUUUCAGUCUACGAAUGCACGUUCGACACAAGACGAUCCUCCACGUAAUUUUCGUACGAGUGAGAACGUUGGCACGGAAGGAAAAACUAGAAGAAGAAUGAGAGUUGUCCUGAGGAGAAGAGUCAAACCUAAAUUCAAGGAACAGAAGACAGUAGAGUUCGGAAGAGCCAAUGAGAAUACUACCGACGAAAGCGCUAGUUCGGGUAAUCAUCGCGAGGGUAAAGAUCUUUUCUAUCAAUAUAGAACGAGAAGAAGAAGAAGAAAGGUUGAAGUCUCGAAGAGCGCCGAGUCUAAAUCCGAGACAAAUUCGAUGGAAGAAGCGAGUGAGCAUCUUUUUGAUGAAGAAGGCACAAAAGAACAACAAAUGAGAAUUGCAUUGGACAGCGUCAAACCCAAAUUUGCGGAAAAAGACUCGAUAGCCGAAGAAACGAACAUGGAUCUUGAAUAUGGACCUUUUGCCGUUAAAGAGCCUCGAAUAACCUUCCCGUUUGAUUUUUCGAAUAAUUUUCCAGUAAGCGAGAAAAUUGUUUUCGUUAAUGAACUUUCUAACAUGGAACAAGCACGAAAAGGAGUAGAAUCCAACUACAAGAAUGAGGGGACGACGAUCGAACAGUCGAAAGGGUUUGACGCCAAACUACCCACGGAGUCAGUCGCUCAGGUCGAAGAGGACACUGAUCGAUCCUCGCUCGAGGUAAACUCCUCAAACAACGGUGGUUCAGUGAGUCGGAAGACGGGAAACGGAUACCCCAAUAGACAUAGAAAACCAACACAGUCAACGACAACGGUAGCUUCGCCAACUAACAGUAUUCCACCAAAUACUCACCGAAGAGGCACACCGAUCGAGACUACCGUAUCGCCAAAGAUACAGCUCGGUAGCGUCGACGUAUUCGAGAAUACAGAGUCGUAUGCCAAACAGAGCGCAGAGGACGAUCAGAAAACAGAUGUGUCCGAUCAAAGCAUCCGCGCGCAAGAAUUUGCGGUGACCGUGGCGGAUCCACCAUCCUCGAAUACCGGUCGAACGCCAUUAAGGGACGCCGUAAGGCGCAAGAUAAGCACCACCGUAGCACCUAGAACAUAUCCCACAACCGGUAGAACGGUCUCGAAAUACGACGCGGACUCGAGGGACCGUCAAAGACCCAGGACGAAGAACCGGCCUACGGUGAACGCGACUACAAGACCAAGGAGACCACCUGUAAUCGACUAUGACUAUUAUGAAGACGAGGCGCCGAUCGUCAUCGGCAAGUCUGCUCUCGGCAGCAAGCUCUUCUUAACGAGCAAGGGCACAAUACGGUGCCUCGAUCAAGGCAACUUUCCGCACCCGUACUCGUGCAAAAAGUUCAUCACCUGCGCUCGUAUGGUGAAUGGCCAGGUGAUCGGAACCGAGUAUACCUGUCCCGACAAGCUAUCCUUUGAUCCGGUCGGCGGUAUCUGCAAUUGGUCCGCUGGUCUCGGUUGUAAGGACUGAUCGAGGUUUCAUCUUAAUCACUCGGCAUUUGUGCCCGGUCCUUCGGACUAUACAUGUAUAUAAAUAUCUUGUUUUUCGAUUUGGCAUCAUUAUCUGGAGUCUUUCUCUCUGUUUUUCACUAGCUCGAAUCGAGACUCUCAGACUUGAAAGAAACUAUAAUAUAUAAUAAAGAGACGAUGAAACAUUACAUGCGCUACUCUAUAUCCGUAUACUUUCUAGCAUCCAUUAAUCUUUCUUAAAUUCUUUUUUAACUUCUCCUAAUCUGGAAAGAAUUAACGGUUCCUCGUCUACAAUGUAUUUUUCUUGUUUGUUUCUACCGUUGCGUAAAUGUUCUUGAGAAUACAUGAUUGUCGAGUGGUCAAGAUUAUCAUUGUAACUUUUCUUUGGAAAGAAAGAUGAUUUAGACUCUCCCACAAACUUCCCCAUUAUUAUAGCACUAUGAAAGAAAACAAAAUUAUAAUGCGGCAAUUUAUUGUAAAAGAGAGAAUAACGUUUCAUUUUUUUUAAUAACUCAACGCGAUAUGUAUCGAGUAAAUACAGUCGCUGAUAUUAUGAAUCAAGUGAUUAUAUUUUUUUUGUUUUUCAUAAAGUGUAUCGUAUACGUUUUUGUACACGUUCGCAUAAUAGCCAUAAUAAUUGAGCGAAAAAUGCAGAGCAGUGAUAUUAUCGUUAAAGUCUUUCUUGUGUAAAUAGUAAUAGUAUUAGAUCUGUACAUAGCGCAUAAGGUAUAACGUUCUCCUUUUCGCGUGUAGCGUAUCGGCGAGCGUUAAUUUGUCUCGUAUCGUAAAUCUUGCGGUGCAAUUGUCGAGUUCUUUAUAUUUCGUAAGAUAUGCCAGAUUUAUAACGAAAUACACUGCGACGAAAUAAACUCGACUCGUACACGAAUACAUGAAAUCUGUAUGUAUCCAAGAGUCUUGUAUUUGGUACGUACAUACAUAAAAGCGUUGUCCAAACCGAUAUAAUCGUGUGAUUUAUUCCAUACCUUUAACGCUAAGAAAUUAUAGUGUUAUCUGGAAUCGUAUCUAACGAGAAUCGUGAUUAUUCUUGGCGAGUCAUGAAAUGAAAUGAAUUUUACUUUAUCGAAAUAUUUUUCAGUCGGAAUAAAAAUGGAGCAUGUAUAAUAAAACGUAUAAUUGUAUCUUGAGGAUAAGAGAUAACACAUACUUAAAAAUGCGAUAUUUUUUCAGAUUUCUUUAUUAUUCCCGAUAUUCUUGUUUCACAAAGUUAUUUGUUAUUGAUCUAGUUUAGGAUGAUGAGAGAAAUGGACAAAACAAGUAAUAUAGUAGUAAGUUGAUAAUUGUAAUGUAGCGUAGGAUGAUCAUGUUCCAUCGAGCUUUUAAUCGAAUUGUCGCAAUUCACAGAUAAACACGAGUGGCAAUAAUAAUAUAAUAAUUUAUACAAUUACGCGUGUAAAUACACGUUGCAUAAAUGAGAAUGUAUCUGUAUGUUUGGACUAUCUUUCAGUAGCAAAGCGUUUAAAGUGACAUUGAUCUUUCGAAUUUUUUCUAUUCGAAUGUUCGAAACUUUCUUACGUAUACUGAAUAGACGUACGUAUAGGUACGUAUGCCUUAUCUAUGUUUCAAUGUACAUGCUUCCCUUUUUGCGUUCGCGUGUGUUUACGUUUACGUUUAUAUAUACGUCACGUGUGUAUAUACAACAGUAUCAACAGCAGUUGACUUUUCGUUUUCGCGUGUUUCUCGUGUACCAUCCGUCUCUGCAUGCCUAGGAUAGCAUGUACUUCGAGAGGGAGAAGAAACAAAUAGAUAUGAGAAAUUACGUCAACCCUCAAGAGAUGCGUUAAGAUAGACACUGAAAAGCGCAUUAAAGCCGCAGCACAAGCAAAACAAAAACAAAAAGAACUUACUUUCGCCAAUAAGAGUAAUUUGCACCUGCACACACGAGCAUUUUUAUCGAGAGGAUGACUCACGCGAUGAUUUCAACAAUAAUGACGAUUGAACUUUAGACGCCAUUUGAUGGAUAAGACGCAUGUUGUAACUGGCAGUUGUAGCCCGAAGAUAUUACACGAUUGACUCUAUAUUAUAUUAUAAAUUGGCGCGCCUUGUCGCUCUCUUUGUGAAUUAUAUAUAUUUAUAAAAAUAAAUACUUUGAAAAAAAAAAAAGUAUUCCAUUCACUACCGUAACAUCGCGAUAUAUAUCGUAGCGAUAUAAUAAAUAAUUAUUAAAGUGAAAUAUAAAUAAUUUGCUUCGUUCAGCGUAUUCGUUUCGCGUGUAUCUUUAAUAUACGAUUUACAAAGUAUAUAAGACGACGGCUUAUCUCGUUUAGGGAUUCGUAGUGCCGCGCUUACAGG